UAUUCAUGUUGCCAUCGUGCAGUACUGCAGGUUGCCGCUUUGGUGAGGAUUGCCUCUUCACCCACGACUUCCCUGGCGGCUACCAGGCCGUCGCAAACCUGGGCAGCCUGGGCGGUGAAGCUCCUUCGCAAGGCGAGAAGGAACUUUCCGAGCAUCUGCCCCAGGACAACUCAGCGCCACCACACAUAGAGCAAGGGACCGCUGGUCGCCACGCACCUCCACUGGCGCCCAACCCCGGCAAGGCAGCUCCGGCGGGUUUCGGCGCUCCGGCGACGGCCAGGAUCACCGUGGACGCGUCCCUUGCAGGCGCCGUCAUCGGGCGUGGCGGAGCGACCAUAAGGCAGAUAUCCCGGAUCACCGGCGCCAGGCUGUGCAUCCGUGACCACGAGUGCGACGCCGGAUUGAAGAACGUGGAGCUGGAGGGCACGCCCGAUCAGAUCAGGCACGCCAGCGCUAUGGUCUGGGAGCAUCUCCCGGUGCCGGGCGGAGGGCGAUAUAACGGCGUCAAGGCCAGGCUGUGCGCGCACUUCGCCAGAGGGUCCUGCACCUAUGGCGACGGCUGCCGCUUCGCCCACAGCGAGAGCGAGCUCCGCAGGCCGGCUCCUGCUGCUCCUAGAGAUCCGUGUGGUUGGUAGCGAUCCAUCGACCGCGUCAGUGUAACUCACAUGGGAUUAUGCCGUCCAGUUGAUUUCAUAAUGCAUUUUAGUCAUGACUUUUAUCAGCAUGUUUUUUUUUUGUGAACAAGCAUGUUCUGUUUUCAGUACUGUAAUUCAUUUUCUCGAGUAUCUGUACUAUAAAAAAUUGAGAGGUUUUAGGGUA